AUGGAGGAAUUGAAAUUAUCAGCGGAUGUUGAUCAAGAAGCACCAUAUCAAUCAAGCAGCAGUAGGUCUAUGUAUAUUGUGAACAAGCAAAUUGAAAAAAUUGUUCGCAAUAUUCAAGAUGCUCAUGAUAAAUUGCUGCCUCUCUCUUUAAAUCCAAAUAUUUUCAUAACACAAGAUCAGAUCAAGAAAUUACAUAUGCCUACAUUCGAAUCAAUACGCGAAUCCAUAGAAACAAUGCAAGCUUUUCUAAAAGUCCAAGAAACCGGAGAAAAUUCAGAAAGUUUGCAUAAAUCUGAAAAAUCAGAUCAAUUCUCUUCUCUUUUCCAUCGUUUUAUUGAUCAAACUCUGACUUUAUUCUCGAUCGGAGCAUUUCCAAUUAAUCAGCUUAAUCCACAUAUCAUCGCACUUGCCAAUCUUCAUUUAAUGUACUUUAGGAUGGUUAAAAAUCCGGAAAUUCCAAUAGAUAAAGAAUUUUUCUUAUCAACAUGGUCCGCUCUUAACCAAUUAUUCCUAAACAUGAAAGGUAUUAUCCGCGAAAUUGACUUCGGCUGUUACCCACCUCAAUUUGAUGAAUUAUAUCGAAUUCUUUACUUUUACGUUCAAAAUGAUCAAAGAGCAGCGCCACUAGCAGAAGAUACUGGUGAAGCGCUCGAGGCUCUUAAGCGCCAACUUUUGUUCUUAAAUUCUGUUUCAGAACCAACAAUUUCAAUUUUGAAAGAUACAAAAUUCGUUUUAACUCAUUAUAUUUACGAAUUCGACCAGCUCAAAGAAUACGUAUUAAAUCAAACCCGCAAUUUACGUCCAAAUGACAUCAAUCAGAAAGCUCAAAUCAAUAAUCAGCUUCGUGUUAUUAUUAACUCAGCAAUUUCAGCAUUCGAAUUAAUAGAAUCAGCCACACAUAUCGAAAACAUCAUACAAUCUCCAGGAUUUGUCUUUUACAACGAGAUAUUCGAACAACCUGGAUUAUUAACGACUGUUGUACAGCAAGCAAUGGAUUUCAUAUCCGUUGAAGUCAAAUCUUUAAUUUCUGCUGGCGUAAAAGCCAAUGCAACGCAUCUAAUUCAACUUUCCAAACAAGUUUCAGAAUCAUUACGCACGGGAACACUUGAUAACGACUCAUUGAAGGACUUUAUAAGGUCUAUUGUCGAAUACGAUCCUUCUUCCGACGCUUCUGAGAGGCAAAUCAUACAAUACUGUGAAAGAGCAUUAAAUACUUACUUACAAGGCCGAGACCAGCCACAAUCCAUCAUCAUUGCUCGUUCCCAUCUCGAGAACUUCAAGAGGGCCAGGGAUAAAAGGAUUGUUUCCUCAGAAACAGCUUAUCAAAAAUUUUGGUCGCUCUUUCUGUUCCAAUCCAACAUCUGCGAUCCAAAUCUCCAGGCAUUUAAAGACGUAAACAACAUGUUGUACGACUACAUUCACAAAAAUUUGGUAAUUAAUGCGUUGGUUCAGCAUCUCCACGAUGUAGCGCCUCUUAUUGAAGAAUCUAUACGCGAAAUCAAUAAGUCACCAUUCCAGGAGUCAUUCAGAUACGCUAUUACUAAGCAGAAGAUGGCAAUUGACAAAUUAAUUCACAUAAUCAGUAAAUGGAACUACGAUUUCUCAAAUUCGACCACGAAAUCGCAGUUUAUCAAAUUACUGCAUUUGUUCUUCCAGUUUUGUUCCGUAAUUUUGAAGAAUGCGGAAAAACAAGCGAUAGUUGAAGGAGUAACCUUAAUGUUGUCAUAUUUCCCACCUCCUUCCAUUGUAAGAGAGUCAAUAAACCUCAACGCUUCUGUUUCGGCCCUUUCCAAGCAAAUUUCCAAAAUUUUGGGAGAUUUUGUUUUGACGAACGAGACAACAGUUGAUCUUUGCCAAUUACCGAUACCUUCUGUUGACGACAAGAACGUUACAGAGGCUACAAGACUUGCUGAAGUUUCAUUAUACGAUAUAAGGAAAUUGAACAUGCAAAUUGAAGAUGUCGUUUACAUGUUUAAGUUUAUUAACUUAUAUGAGUAUUUCUAUGAUAAUUUCAGCGCAAAAUGUGGAAGUCAAUUUCCAAAUAAUUAUUCUUUCACAACUAUUGAUAGUUAUGCCUUCAACGUGUCGGUAGACUUCAUUACACCAAUGCUGCAUAUUCUUGGCUCACCAACAAUCAAAACAAUCCUUAAUUUGAACUUAUUAAAACAUAUCUUGGACUUUUUCGCUUCAAUGUUUUGCGGAGACAUGCCACGUGUUAAAAGCGAAAUUAUGUCAAUUGUUCCAUUGAUUCCCCAUCUAGAUUUCAGCGAAAUAACUUAUUCCGCGAUUACGAACAUUCCAAAGAUCUUUAUCUAUCUUCUAUCGAAGGAAUCUGCUAAUCAAAAGCUAUUGGCCAAUGUUAUGGACCUUCUGAUGCUCUACAACAUCGCAUCAACUCCAAUUAUCGCAUCUUUUGUUUCCGGAAACGUUUCUGAGUUCAAGAACGAAUCAGAAGUUUUUCUUGUUCACGCAGACUCAAUAGAUCACGAAAUGGGAAUAAUUUUCCGAGAUAUUUGGUCGGAUGUAACUUUCUUUGCCUCCCACAUCACCGCAGUAUGUAAUUUAGCCAAUGCCAUGGAGCAUGCACUCAGUGAUGACCUUCCGAUUCAAACUGUGACCCGGGAAAGACAAAUUUCAAAAUUACAUAAUUGUUUCCAGCUGAAUAUGUAUCUCAGCUUCUCCAUCGCAGCGCAAGGACUCGUAGAGCGUGGAAUAGUAAGCGAAGAAAGCUACGCCGACUAUGAAAACACUCUUCGAAUUAUUGCGAACUCCAGAACUAGUGCUUUUGAAGAUUUACCUGAUCGUGGCUUCGAAUACCUUAAGAAGUUCUAUUUCACACUUAGAGAACAGCUCUUCCUCUCUCCUACAGGACCAAUUGAAAGCUGUGGCCCAAGUUUAGUCUCAAAAAUCGCAGCUGUCAUUGCAGAUUCCAAAUGCGGAAUUUCCAAGGACACAGCUGAGAUACUGAAAACAAUAACAGCAAAGUUACACGCGAUAAAGAGCAAAGAAGACCGUUGGCAACAAGAAUCUUUGUGUUACGAUAUCAAAAACUCGUUAAUUCUUUUACAUUCAAUUUUCAAAGGCGAUGACAGAAUCGUUGAUUGCCUUAAAGAGCUUGAAUACGUAUUAGAAACAGUAUCAAUGAUAUUCAACGCACAAAGAUUUGCUUUCAUGGUCGAUUUGUUCUUGGUAAGAGUUGCUUGUUCAAUGAGAUUGUUUGUUCCGGAAAUUUCGAUGUCUCCAACGAUUCCUUCCGACGAACUCGAACAUGAACCAGAAGAAUUCCCUCCUAUAUCUCCUUUCCUUCAGGAUUACCCGCAAAUCAAAUCAAAACUCAAUAAAUUGUUUGAGUUUUCACAGGGAAAUGAUGAAGUCAAAAAUAUUUUGACAGAAAUUUCAGGUGAAGUGAACAAAGUCUUUGAAAUUUGUCUUGAAAACUCAGCAUUGGGAGACAACAACGAUGUUAAAGAUGUAACAGAGAGAACUAAAUCAAUGAUGGAAGAAGAGAAAUCGAUGAGACAAGAAUUGAGCCAAUUAAUGGCGAAAUUACAACAAUUGUCUCAAAAAGAAAAUUCGGCAAAACAGAAAGAAAUUGAUCAACUGGAAUCCGCGUUCACGAGAUUGAAAUCUGUUACUGAUUCAAGAGAUUUAGUACUUGACAAAAUCAAAUCUUGCGAGGCAGAAACGGAAAGGAUGAGACAAACAAAGAAAGAAUACGAAAAAAUGAAGGAAAGAUACUUGAAAUCUUUGAGCGAAAGUGAAACAGUACAAGGAGAAAAUGACAAGAAAGAACAAAAUGGAGAUGAAAGAGUAAAAAUUGCUGAUCCUGCUGUUGUAGAAAUGUCUCAACAACUGACGAAUUUGAUGGAUGAAAAUAAUUCGUUGAGAAAACAAUUAAAUGAAGUCAGAGGUUUGUCGAAGUCUCAGAGCGGAAUGACAAAGAUAAUCGUCAAGGAAGAUAUCAGUAAAUUGUCUGAGAAAAGAGAUUUGCUAAAACAAGAAAUUGCUUCUGUCAAAAGUGAAGUGAUAAUGGAUAACGAACAAAGAGCGAUAGAAAACGAUGAAAAACUGUUUGACAGUUUUGAUCCAAUUCGUAUUCCGCUGAGUGACGGAAAAGGAUUCACUCCGGAAGUCACUGAAAGAGUUGAGCACUUGAUUUCGCUUUUGUUCGCUGCAAAACACGCAAAUGACAAGAUUUUCUUGGAUGCUACAAAGAUUGAAUCUCUCAAAAAGAAAGAUGAAUGA